GAUUCCGACAUCACUAGGGCUGAGUUUGAGCUCUCAAUCAAAUCCCAGAGACGAGGAGUAGGAAGCUCUGUGGAGACAUGUAAGAUGGCAGAGCUGCAGAUGUUACUAGAGGAAGAAAUCCCCGCCGGUAAACGAGCUCUCGUGGAGAGUUACCAGAACCUCACGAGGGUCGCGGACUACUGUGAGAAUAAUUAUGUUCAGGCACAGGAUAAGAGGAAAGCGUUGGAGGAGACAAAAGCCUACACCACCCAGUCUCUGGCAAGCGUGGCCUACCAGAUCAAUGCCUUAGCCAAUAAUGUCCUGCAGUUGUUGGAUAUCCAGGCCUCGCAGCUGCGCAGGAUGGAGUCCUCCAUCAACCACAUAUCUCAGACGGUGGACAUCCAUAAGGAGAAGGUCGCCCGACGAGAGAUCGGUAUACUGACAACUAAUAAAAACACAUCUAGGACUCAUAAGAUCAUCGCUCCGGGCAACAUUGAGCGGCCGGUGAGGUACAUCAGGAAGCCCAUCGACUACACAGUUCUGGAUGAUGUGGGCCAUGGAGUAAAGUGGCUUAAAACCAAGCAACACGGCAACAAUCAGUCAAUCAGAGGAGGAACUCUCUCCAGGACCAAUCCCCCGACACAGAAACCUCCCAGCCCACCCUUAUCAGGACGAGGCACUCUUGGGCGUAACACUCCUUAUAAAACACUUGAGCCGGUGAAACCUCCAACAGUGCCCAACGAUUACAUGACGAGUCCAGCUCGCUUGGGCAGCCAACACAGUCCAGGACGCACGGCGUCUCUCAACCAGAGAACAAGAACCCACAGUGGCAGCAGCGGGGGCAGUGGCAGUCGAGAGAACAGCGGUGGCAGCAGCAUCUCUGUUCCCAUCGCCGUACCCACUCCCUCCAUUCCCAACUCAGUCCCAGUCACACCCGCAUGGGCCCCUCCUCCUCCACCCCCCCUCCCUGGCCAGGGCCCUCCAAUGCCAGCUGCUGCUAUAGCUGUGGCUGCGGGGCCAGGUCUGGGGCCCAUCCCCAUGUCUCAGUUCGGCACCAUAUCUCGGCAGAUCUCCCGACACGGCUCCAGCACUUCCUCCGUCUCCAUGGUGUCUGCCACGGGCACAUACCGCAGAGCGCCCUCCGUCUCGUCCCAGUUCUCCCUGCAGCAGCCGCACAUUAACGGGGGAACAAACGCAAUGUCUAUGGCCCCCCCUCCUCCCCCCAUGGCUCAGCUUACCCCACAGAUCCCGCUCACAGGUUUUGUGGCCAGAGUACAGGAAAACAUUGCAGAUAGCCCGACUCCUCCUCCCCCUCCUCCCCCUGAUGACAUGCCCAUGUUUGACGAGGCUCCGCCUCCUCCGCCUCCUCCUGCAGUCGAGUAUGAAGAUGAAGAGGCAGCUGUAGUGCAGUACAGUGACCCGUAUGCAGACGGAGACCCUCAGUGGGCCCCCAAGUCCUACAUCGAGAAAGUGGUUGCCAUCUACGACUACACCAAGGACAAAGAUGAUGAACUGAGCUUCAUGGAAGGAGCCAUCAUCUACAUCAUCAAGAAGAAUGACGACGGCUGGUUCGAGGGCGUCUGCAGCGGCGUCACUGGACUGUUUCCCGGGAACUACGUGGAGUCCAUCAUGCACUACACCGACUGAAGAGAACGGCCCUCACAAUCACACUCGGUGUAAUCGUGCUCGAAACACGGAUCAGUGCUUGUUCCUCACAAACAGAGAAUCUUUGUGGUGAUGGGUGGACGUGGGUGAACGGGACGACCGACUGUUCGGAGGAAGCCAGUGUACAUAAAAAGUAGAUGACCGUCUCUGCUUUGACAUUUCCAACUAAAAGUCGACCAUUUAUUUGAUUUCCUUUACCUCUUCUCUCCAUUCACAUUUGUUUGCACAUUUUGGAUUUAAAAAAAAAAGAUCACUCAUCUUCUGAAUUAAUUCAUUUUGGUUUUCUCUUAAAAUACGUCAUUGCCCAAAGUGGAUCAAAAUCUUAACGUAAAGCAUGCAUACCAUAUUGAAAUAUGUAUUGUAACCUAAACGUUAAAUUCCAUUCUGCUUUCAUCUUUGUUUUUACAGUACACAUUUUUAUAUAGGCAUUUGUAGACUACUUAUUUGUAUGCUCUAAUGUUUUAAUGAUAUUGAUUGAUAUAAUAAUUUUUUUAGGUAACAAAAAUGCAAAGCACAUUUUUUUUUUUCUAAAGUCUCAAAAUUCUCUCCUUCCAUUUUAAUAUAUUUUUAGUUAAUGACACAAUGAUUAUUUGCUACAAUGAACAAACAUGAAUUCUGUGUAGAUGGCUUUCAUAUUUAGUCUGUAAAGUGUCUAAAGGUCUCUAAUCAAUACCAAUCACAAUUCUUACAUGCUGGACUCUUUUUUUAUUUUUUUGAUAACCAAUACUGUGGUUGGUGCAGUGAACAAUGAACUGAGGAGCAUCACCGGCGCAGUCUUGAGAUCUGAACUAGUUACUCAACUCGGGUCUGGCAUUAAUUCAGCUUUUUUAAACCUUUCAUCGAUUUCCAUUCUUUGAGCUGUUUUCGGAGUCAUACUGUCUGCUGACUGAUUUCAUGAAUCUACAUCUGACCGUUGUCAGUCAUGUCAGGUGUUCAGAGCUGAUGCCUCGAGACGUUUGAAGUGUUCCAACUGAAUUCCAUCUGCGCUGAAGCUCGACUCGGCUCAGAACUUCUAUUUAUAAUGUCAACUGAGAUUUAAUUGUACAGUCUUUUAUAAUAAAUCAUUCUAUGUAAAAUGCA